CACCGCAGCAACAUUAAGAUAUCCGGUUUUCGGAUUUUGCCUUCAAAUUAAAAUUCGAAAUACCGUGACCCGGAAGUACCUUUUUUGUGUUGCGAUGAGAAGCUGAUUUUUGUUUUUUUGUUAGGUAUCAGCUUCUUUCCUUGAUGAAUUUGGAGAUUCGUCUUGCUGUUUUUGUAAUGACAAAACAAUUAUAAGGCGCCGUUAUAGAGAACAUUUGGUUCAGAGCAAGCAACUGGAUAUCAGCUCUGUGGCUUUUUCUUUUACUGUAACGUUAGCUAGGAAGGUUCAUUAAUUCAGUGUGACAAGCAGCAUGGCGUCCGGAGGCGGUUCAACAACAACUGUCGGAGAUAUUGAGGAGGACGCUUCUCAGCUACUGUUCCCCAAAGGUGCGUAUCCAGCUUAUUUAUGUUAACUAGCUUGAAUAUAACGAUUCACUUAACCCUCCCGUUUUCCUAGGGUCAAAAUGACCCGCCACUGUGUUGAACCAACUUUAUUUAAUUUUUAUAUUUUUGGGAUCAUUUGUGAGAAGGAGGCAGUGAGACUUUAAAGGAAGAAUCACUGCCUCCUUCUCACAAAUGAUCCCAAAAAUAUAAAAAUUAAAUAAAGUUGGUUCAACACAGUGGCGGGUCAUUUUGACCCUAGGACAACGGGAGGGUUAAGGUAUUUAGCUAGCUAACUAUAUCCAACAUUAAAACACACCUGUGUUCUUCAGAGUUCGAGAACGCGGAGACACUUCUAAACUCCGAGGUACACAUGCUUCUGGAGCAUCGCAAGCAGCAGAACGAGAGUGCAGAGGACGAACAAGAGCUAUCGGAGGUCUUCAUGAAAACUCUGAAUUAUACUGCACGUUUCAGCCGGUUCAAAAACAGAGAAACUAUAGCCAGUGUCCGCAGGUCAGUGUAGCUGUUGUCACUAUCACAACCAAAAACCAAUGUCAGUACCGUAUAAAAUACAAUAUAUAUUUAUAUGGUGGUUAAUGUGUCCAUUAACUUUUCGGGAUUACUGAAAUGAUUGCCCUGUAUCCUACAGCUUGCUCUUACAGAAGAAGCUGCAUAAAUUUGAGUUGGCCAGUUUGGCCAACCUGUGUCCAGAAGCAGCGGAGGAGGCCAAAGCCCUCAUCCCUAGGUAAGACCUGCUGUUACUGCCUCCUCACAUAUCACCAUACUCAGUCAUCUAACCCUAACCUUGUCUCUAGUUGGGUAGCAGCCGGCUCUUGACCAGGAAACCAGGCGUAAAUAUUUGGUAUAGAUUAAAAUGUAGUGACAGUAGUUUUGCUGUUGUGUACUGAAGCCUGUUUGUUCUGUCUGCAGUCUGGAGGGGCGGUUUGAGGACGAGGAGCUGCAGCAGAUCCUUGAUGACAUCCAGACCAAGAGAAGUUUCCAGUACUGAAGACAAUUCCUCCUCCUCUGGCCUGUUCUAUCCUAAACCCAUCGUUAUGUCAGAAUAUACUGGGCUCUGCUACCCACCCAGAAGGACACUCUGCAUCCCAAAUGACACCCUAUUCCCUAUGUAGUGAAUAGGGUGCAGUUUGGGAUGAAACCUGACACUGACCGUUCUCGACAGGAUGGGUACCUCCAAAUUGGACUGGGGGGGUGUAUCGACAGCCGAGGGGUGCAUCAGGCACCACAGAUCUGUACAUUAAUUGCAAAGAUGAUACAGAUCCAUUUUGAAGACCAUACCAAGCUAGGAUGAAUACAUACAUUCAUAAAUGUAAAUAAUUUUCAAAUAAACAUCUGAAAUGUUUUAUA